CUGUUUGCUACGCAGACUUGUCUGAGGAGGACAGGUCUCUGAGGAGGACAGGUCUGGUUCCAGAGGAAACGGUCGUUCUUUGAGGACACACCAGCACCGCCGGGGACGGAGACAGAAGAGGACAGCACCGUCGCGACCUGUCCUGCAGCCAGCUGUCUUCAUCAUGGAUGGGAAGCAGCAUUGUGUGAAGCUGUCAGUGCAGCCGUCCAGAGGGCUCAUGGAUGAGAAGUUUGUCAUCCUGGUCCAGAACGCCCUCCCUGGUUCCAAGCUGACUCUCCACGCCCUCCAUCAGUGUGAAGACGGACACCACUGGCAGGCCUUCGCCCAUUACUCUUCUGAUGCCACAGGGGCUGUCAAUGUUUCUGAGGACUCCAGUCUGGGCGGGAUGUACUCGGGGGUUGAACCGAUGGGUUUACUGUGGGGCCUGAAGCCAGUUCCAGGUAGCAAACCUGGACUCAGGAUGAGGAAGAAGAACGUCCAGGUUCCCAUGGUGGUUACAAUCUCAGUGUACCAAGGUCACCAGACGGAGGGCUUUCUGGACCAGAGGGCGCUGGCUGCUGUGGAGGUGGAGCGCUGGUACAUGGCUCCUGGAGUUCGCAGAAUCCCUGUGGAGGAUGGGCUCACCGCUACGCUCUUCCUACCUUCAGGACCGGGACCUUUCCCCGGUCUCUUGGACCUGUGGGGUGGAGGAGGACAGUUGGUGGAGUACCGCGCAGCUUUGUUGGCUUCCCAUGGAAUCGCCUCGAUGGCGCUCGAUUACCUGACGUGUAAAUUCACAAUGGACACGGGGGAGCGAGUGGGCAACGACUACUUUGAGAGGGCCUACGAAGUCCUGUCGCAGCAUCCUCAGGUCCUCGGCAGCAGAAUCGCCAUGUUGGGUCUGUCCUUGGGCACCAGCAUCACCCUGAAAAUGGCCGUGUAUUCCAAAGUUAUAAAGCUCAGGUGUGCCGUGUGUGUCAGCGGGAGUCAUGUUCAACCACAGGAAGGGUCUGUGGCGGAAGUACUCGACUGCUUUAACAAGAACGUGGAGAAGACUCGGGUCAACGAGAACAAUGAAGUCAUCUGGCAUGACCUGCUGCUGCCCAUCCCCACUGACCCCACACAGAAAGUGGAGAUGGGUCGACUCCAGUGUCCUCUGUUGCUGAUUGUUGGUGAAGACGACCAGAACUGGUGUGCCUACGAGUCUGCAUUGGAUAUGAAGGAGAUGAUGGAGCGAGCAGGGAAUAGCCACCUGCUGACCGUCCUGUCCUACCCAAACGCAGGUCACCUGAUUGAACCACCAUACUCACCGCAUGCCCGAAUCAGUCUUUUCAGAGACAUCGCUUCACGUCAAAAAAGGCGGACAGACUCUGGGACAUUCUCGUGCUCAGGAGGACUCCUGGAGGAAGAUGUUGAUAUUUCUGAGGGAGAAUCUGUAUGGCGGCACAAAGCCUGGUGCAACCUCACUUUCCCAGCUUUAAUUAACAAGAUGACGAAAGUCCCAAAUGAAGUUGAACUGAUUCUACUGAAAGACGAUGUGGUUUGAUUCUUAUCAGAAGCACUUAUUGGUGAUCAGAAGUGAAAUCAUUGCUCAGGUGAAGAUGUGUAUAAAUGUCUUUUUAUUCACACUUAAAUACAAAUUUUUUAUGGAUCAA